AAUAAACUGCAACAGUAUGAGUAAAGAUGAUGUAGAUGCUGAGGGUGAACUGGUGAGACUAGACUACGAUCAGGAGACUGCUAAAGGAGAGAAGGCUCUCAAGGUGAUAUGCUUGGGAGACAGUGCAGUUGGGAAAUCAAAGCUAGUGGAACGCUUUCUUUUAGAUGGGUACGCUCCUCAGCAGCUCUCUACCUAUGCGUUAACACUGUACAGAUACCGGAGUAAAAGGUCUGACGGAGAUAUCUUGAUUGAUUUCUGGGAUACUGCAGGACAAGAGAGAUUUAACUCUAUGCACAGGUCCUACUAUCACCAGGCCCAUGCGUGUAUCCUAGUGUUCGAUGCUACUAGAAAAGUAACCUAUAAGAACCUCUCCAACUGGUAUUCAGAACUCAGAUCCUACCGUCCUUCUAUCCCAGCUCUGGUUGCUGUAAACAAGAUAGAUGAGAACCUAGAAGUAACGGAGAAAUCCUUCAACUUUGCAGCAAAGGAAACUAUUCCCAUCUAUUCACCGAGGGGAGGAAGAGACGCUAUCGACAAGGCAGUGGAAUACAAGAAGAAUCCGACUGAUCUAGAAGACCAGAUUCUAGAAGAGCUCGACAACUUCCAUAUAGACAAGGACAACUCAGAGGACAAUAAGGACGACAACACCUCAAAGGACAAAGAUAAAGAGGACAAGAUUUAAAUCCAGAAGAUUUAACCUGAAUUAAGAAGUAAAAGUCUAAUAAAAGAUUUAAAAGAAUUAAACUCUAAUUUUCUAAUCCAUACAUCUGACGUCAGGUAGAUAUUUCUAUGGUUUCUUCAAUGGUCUACUCCAUCAUAUUCCUUAAACUCUAAUUUUCUAAUCCAUACAUCUGACGUCAGGUACCUUAGAUAUUUUCUAAUCCAUACAUCUGA